GCAGGCCGGGGGCGGGGGCCCGGGCGGCCUGGAGGCGCAGCCGCGCGGGCGGGGCAGUCUCGGGGCGGGGCGGGGGUCGGGAACCGGACAAAGGGCCCGAGGGAGCCCCCGUAGCCAGACUUGGGACCCCGUCCCGAGCCCCCCGGGCCUCGCACGGCGCCCGCUGCGCCGGACCGUCCGGGAUCUGCGGCCUCUUCCCCGGGGUUUCCGCGUUCAUCACCCCACAGCCCGGGCUUGGCCGAAACGUAGGUUUCGCCGUCGGUCGCAGCUGAGCGUCGUCGCCUGAGAACGGAGUAGAUGUUUUAGCUCCGACGUGAUGGAGACCAGGUGGUCCGGGUACGAUUUUCACAACAUUUCAGGCAACAGCGUCUGGCCUCAGACCUGGCCGUGAGCCUCCUGGCUGCUCAGCAAACCUGACCGCAGAGCGCCAGGCUGCAAGGAGCUGGAUGUCUGCAGCUCGCAUUCUGCGGGGCCAGGCCAGGUCCCCCGCCCCCGCCCGGCAGCCCAGCGCCCCUCUCUGCUGCGGACCCUGCGCUCUGGGACAUGGCGCUCCAGCGCGCCAUCCUCCUGGCCGGCCUCCUGGUGGAAGUUGCCAGCAAGUCCUCGGACAGCGCGGGCCAGCAGUCCAAGUGCUGUGUGGACAUGGUGGACGCCAACACCACCUGCCCCGGCGCAAGCCUGUGUGGCCCAGGCUGCUUCAGGCGCUGGAAUGCGGACGGGAGCGCCAGCUGCGUGCGGUGCAGGAACGGGACCCACAGCAGCUCCGAGUGCAGAGGCCUGGCUGGCCAGGGCACGCAGUCCCCCGCCAACAGGAGCACAGGGACGCCUGGGCGGCCCAGUCCCGCUCGGGCCUCAUCCUCGCUGUGGCCGGUUUCUUCUACCUCAAGCGCAGCAGUAAACUGCCCCGGCUCUGCUACGGGAGGAACAGAGCCCCCGCCCUGCAGCCCAGCGAAGCCUGCGGAAGCCGCGCUACGUCAGGCGGGAGCGGCCCUCGGACAGGGACGCGGGCCCCACUGCCGUCUCCUUGGUGGAGGCCCGGGUCAGCAACGUCUGACAGGCUCACUUCACUCUGCACCCCGACCGCCAUGGAGGGGCCGCCCCAGGACAGGCUGUGCCCGUGAGGCCUCGACAGGCCUGGACUCGCCUGGCUCAGCUCUCAGCCCCAGCGGCAGGCGCGGCGUGGCCUCCAGCCAGCUUCCUGCGCUGCUGUGUCCUGCCCAUGGCCGCUCAGCGUCACUGACCACAGCAGGCGUCCCCGAGACUGGCUGAGCGCCGGGAUGGGAAGGUCUGGGCCUCAGGAGAGACGGAGGGACUGCCAGGCUGCUCCCUGCUGCAGUGCCGGCCAGACGCUCUGCCCUCGGAGCCCAGUGGUCAGCACCUUCGAAGGCAGUGAGGCCGGGGCCAUUGGGUGUUCCAGCCGGUGUCGGAUGGGGUGGGGACAGGGACGUGGACCGGUCCCGAGGCCGCAGCACCUACAGGCCUGUCCUGGGCCGACCCCCAGCCCACGACCCCUGGGUUCCAGGAACUGCAGGUGUUUCCUGGUUUCCUGCCAACUUGGGUCUCUUUUUAAGCAGAAACUCAUUUGUAGGAAAGUCUGCUCCCCACCCGGGGCCCACGCCUUCGGGCUCCAUCCCCAGGACACACGUGCCCGCAGUGCUGGACUCAGGGCCCGGCCCCAGGGAUGUGUCCUUCGCCUGGACGCUGCGUGGGCAUCUGGUCUCGUGACCGGCGGAGGAAAGCGGCUGCUGUGGAGAAAGGAGUGUCGUGGCCACUUCCCACGCUGGGCUCGGCGCCGGCCGCAGCCCCCCGUUUCUUCUUCAGUGUCUGUUCCCCUCUGAGGGGCCCGAGGAGGGCCUGCGUGGUCGGCCUCCCGAGCCCUCGGUGUGGUGAUGCCCGUCCAGUGUCUAGAUUCGAGCUUGUCUUCCCACCCAGCAGCCGAGAGCAGGGAGCCAGCGUAGACCUGGCCCAAUAAACGUCCUGUCCUCACCGCA